UUUCCACUUAUCCACCUGCAUUACACGACACGACUCACAAAGCCUCCCACUACUACCCCUCCAUCUCUACAGUUCCUUCUUUGUUUCUCAUUACUUCCAGUCCUUCAUUCCAGUGCUUUACUUGUACUAUCCACUGGCGAGAUUCCGAUAUAUCUAGUACCUUUGCUCUGCUAUACUCUUGGGCUCGACCUCUUUUGGACUGCCUGAGACGCCGAAUUGGCCGACAAGCUUGGGUCACGCGCGUAACUCGCAUGGAAGAGCCCUGAGCAGCAGCAGGAGCAGAGACCUCCUGGAUUAUUUCCGUCACCUUUCACCUUCUGUGGUCAGGCCUCUGAAGCCCAUCAAUUGUGACCGAGAGGGUGCUGUUGAAGCUGGGAGUGAACCGGCCCAACAGAUUCACCCCAUCCAUACCACAAACGCGAAGCCACACGUCGAAACCCUCAAGCCAACAUGUGGUUCAUCCCUUUAUCGUUCCUGUCGAGUCCCACCCUCCCUGCACACUGCACUCCCACAUCGCCGUUCCUCACCGAUGUCUCCUCCUACUUCGGCACGUGUAUACCAACACCGCUCGCUGCUCUUUCCACACUGCUUGGGGUUCUCUCCAUAAUAUCAUGGCUGUUUGCGCAGAUGCCUCAGAUCUUUAAGAAUUAUCAUAUCAAGUCCACAGCUGGAUUAUCCAUAUUCUUCCUAGCCGAGUGGCUGUUGGGUGAUUUGACCAAUCUUCUGGGUGCCUUGUUCACCCGACAAGCCGGGUGGCAGAUUAUAAUAGCCAGUUACUACGUCUUUGUCGAUGUGUGUCUCGUGGUUCAGUAUUUCUGGUACACUUACGCGGUCAAGUGGGUGUAUGCCGAAAGCCUGCACUCUAGUGGUAGUAGUGAUAUGGACGAUGCUGAUAGCGAUAUGAUCAACAGCUUGUCCCCGAUCAACACCAAUUUUGCCGAGGAGGAAACCUUGCUGCCAGAGUCAGACCACGAACCGCCCAAGUCAGCCAAACCCCGAGACGUGCAAGCUCCUCAGUUCUCUCAGAUCAAUUACGGCGAGAAGAAUGGAACCCCAAGAACACAUCCGUCAGGAGACAAGUUUGGCUCGAGCUGGAUGAUGUCUACUUCUCCGAGGACACUAAUGUACGCCGGCACCAUUGCCUCUCUCGCAUCCAAUGCGGCGGCUGCGCCGUUCCCAAAUCCACAUUUGCAUUACCAGCAUGGAAUUCACCUUUUCCGUGUCGAGACACCCCUAGAGGUUGCCGGUACAAUUUUGUCAUGGUGUUCCACUUUCCUCUACCUCGGAUCCCGAUUGCCUCAGCUGUAUAAAAAUUGGCAAAGGCAAUCCACCGCAGGGCUAUCCCCUCUGUUGUUUGGGGCAGCUUUCUGCGGCAAUCUUUUCUAUUCAACGUCAAUGGUGACAAACCCAAAUGCGUGGGGAGAUCACCGACCAUACGGGCAUCACGGAUGGGUUGAUGCCCAUGGUUCACAGCGAUGGGCCUGGGUCGUUCGCGCGGCACCAUUUUUCCUGGGAUCAGCGGGUUGUUUAAGCAUGGAUGCAUUGAUGGGAGUUCAAUUUGUGAUAUAUGGGGAACAAGAAGCAAGAGUCAUCAAGGUUCGAGACAGUCGAGGAUACAGCCAUUGGGAAAGAGUGAAUGGAUGGAUGAGAGGAUGGAUUCCUAACAUGGCCGGCAAAGACAAAGUGGUUGACCUGGCCCAGAGCCAACGAUUGUUGAGUGAAAGUGCGCAUUUGAGCCGGCGGCAUAGCAAUUUCGACUAUGGGACACUGGACUAGAUCCCGAUACAUAUUAGUAUGACCAUACGAUCAUAAUGAGACACGACGAGGUUUUG